AUGGUCAAAGUAGCGAUUGCUGGUGGCUCAAGCAGCAUCGGCAAGGCCAUUUUCGAUGCCAUUGAGAAACUCGGAGUCGACAAUGCCAUCAUCUUGGGGCGGAAGAAAACCGACGAUUCCAAACUAGUCGUUGUCGACUACACGAGCAUCGAAAGUCUCACGAAGGUCCUCGACACACAUCAGGUUCACACGGUUGUCUCGACCGUAUCAAUCGCUGAUGAUGCCAGCGGCAUGGCUCAAAUGAACCUCAUCGAGGCUGCUGUUGCAUGCCAACAUACCAAACGCUUCAUGCCGAGCGAGUUUGGGGCCAACUAUGACGACGAGUUCAUUCGCGACAUUCCGACUCACGCGUGGAAGUUCAAGGCAGUUGACCGUCUAAAGGAGACUGAUCUUGAAUACACGCUGUUCUCGAACGGAAUGUUCAUGGACUACUGGCUCGCGCCACGCAUCAAGUCUGCGUUUCGACUCAAUCUUCCGUGCUGUGUCGACCUUGAAAACCACGUUGCAGCCAUCCCUGGAGACGGGAACAACCCAAUGGUGUUAACUCACUCGCGCGACAUCGGGCGCUUCGUUGCAGCACUGUUGGGUCUCCCUCGCUGGGAGCGCAUGUACUACCUGGCUGGAGAUAGGGUGACGGUCGAUGAAUUCGUUGCCAUAGCCGAAGAAACCAGCGGUGCGAUGUUUGAAAAGAAAUAUGACAAGCUGGAUGUGCUGCGAGAGGGUAACUGCACCCCACUUCCGGCGUGGGAGGGAAAGAUUCCAUCGGCUUAUAAGAGUACCGUCUUGCAACAGGUCGCGCUUUCUGGGAAGAGAGUUGCGCAAGGUAAGAUGGAUUUGCCGACGGAGGGCCAGGUUAACAGUCUCUUUCCGGAGAUGACAACUUUAACCGUUCGAGAGGCACUGCAAAUCUACUAUGGACAAUAA